AUGAUGCAAGCCAAGAAGAUCAAGUACGACGUCAUCGGACUGACCGAGACGAGACGACAUCACCCUCUCAACGCCGUAUAUGAAACUGGAGAAGAACUGUUCUUAGGAACAUGCGACAGUAGAGGUGUUGGUGGAGUUGGCGUCCUCGUCAACACGAGUAUGGCAAAGAACAUCGACUCUUUCGAACAACUUGCGACCCGGAUGAGAAGAUGUGGUCCAACGCCAUCUUUGAAAAUUGUCGUCGCUCGCGCUUUAACAUCAAGCUACGAAGAAGAAGUCGAAGCUUUCUACAUGUACCUCGAGAAGUUCUACCGAGCACUAUUCACAGCCACCCUCGAGAACGCAAUGCGAAAGCUGGAAUGGAAGAAAUGA